AAAUACCGUAUGUGGUGUCCUGCUUGCAUAAGCCCAUACUCCUCAGCCUAUGCCAGCUGUGCAAGGGGGAUGGUGCAGAAGUCCGCUUUCUAAGCUCACAGCAGCACCCAAAAAAGAUUAAUCAACAUUCAAUGUUUUCUAUAUAUUCACGCCAGCUCCAGCAUCACUCGAUAUAUUCAGGUUCAAAAUAUAAAAACUCCAGAUUACCUUCACACAUCGACAAGGGGGUACCUUCUCAAAGCCGCAAGCUGAACGGCAGCCCGAGCCAUCACUACUUUCAAGCUACCCCUGUCACAAUCAUCGUCAGCCUCGUCACCCGACAGCAGCACCGGUAACUAGCACCAGCACCACCCUCACCAUGGGAUCAACAACAUCACCCUCCGACAAGAUCAUCCUAGUGACCGGCAUAAACGGCUACAUAGCCUCACAUAUCGGCCUAAUCCUCCUCCAAAAAGGCUAUAUUGUCAGGGGAACAUCACGCUCAGAAUCCGCCCACGCCCACCUCAUCUCCGGCGCCUUCAAAUCUUUUGCGGACAGAUACCAACACGCUGUCGUCCCCGACAUCACCGCACCCGGAGCCUUCGACGACGCCGUGCGCUCUGUCCACGCCAUAAUCCACACAGCAUCACCCGUGGACUUCACACUCACCAGCGUCGAAGCCUUCAUCCGCCCUGCCGUCGACGGCACACUAAGUAUCCUCAACAGUGCGCUGGUUCACGCCGGUCCCCAACUGGCAAGUGUGGUAGUGACAUCCUCCGUCGCCGCCGUCGUGGAUAAAUGGCGCCAACCACCGACCCACGCAUACUCCGAGGCCGAUUGGAAUAUAUCAGGCGAAAGCGUCGUGCGAGAAACGUUCACCGCGCCCGUAGCUUACGGCGCGAGCAAAGCCGCGGCCGAGGGUGCGCUAUGGGACUUCGUGGCCACGCAUGAACCCGCUCAGCGCUGGUCCGUAUCAGCAGUCAACCCCGGGGUAGUGACAGGUCCGCCUGUCUCGUUUCCCGAAACCCCCGAGAAGCUCAACGAGACACUCGCGCCCAUAUGGCGGGUGUAUAGCGGCAGCCAGGAAAUGCCGCCUCAGAUCGGUGGCGCAAGUUACAUCGAUGUCCGUGACGUGGCGGAUAUGCAUAUAUGGUGCGUCGAACAUCCUGAUCAGGCGAAUGGUCAGCGCUACCUCAUGACAAACGGCAAGGCUCCGCCACAGGCUGCUGCGGAUUUUUUGCGAGAGAAGUUUCCGGACCGGGAUAUCGUUGAGGGGACGCCCGGACUGGGAUACAGAAAGGACGACUAUUGGUUUGUCGAGGGCGAGCCGAGUCUCGUUGCGAAUAAGGCGUAUAAGGCUCUGGGGGUGGAGAGGUUCAUCAGGUAUGAUAAGUCGAUCCUGGAUACUGUUGAGGCUUUUGAGAGACGAUGGCCCGGGUAUGCGAAGAACUUGAAGCGGUGAUGAUCUGCACUGCACGGGCAUGUGUCUCGGAUAUGGGAUGUUCGACUUAGAUGGCAUGAAUAGAUGAUACAAUAUUUCAUAGAUAGGACAGAGCUUCCUGGGUCACCGAAUAAGGAGGAAAAGU